CACAUGUUGAUGGGGCUGCUGUGAGAAAUGUCAGAAAUAUAGAAACAGACUAUGUUAAUACCUACCAAAGUGUACAGAAACUUGCCGUGCGAGUAGCCUAGUCUUAGCCUGGUUGCCAGUCUGUUUAGCUAACAUUCCACUCCUUGUACUCCAUGUCAUGUGCCAAAGGAAACUGACUGGCAACCAGGCUAGUCUAGCCUAUUAAAUUGCAGUGGUUCACAACCGCUUCAUGAAAAGUGGGCAAUUAAACUGAUGAGUAGAUCUUCUUAUAUAGUCGUCCUAUCGAAGAUGAGAAUGACAGAAGAGGUGGCGAAUCUAACUCUCACCACAUCGACAUCUUUCCCGAAGGCUGAAUCUCAAGAGUCGAUUUCUUAAUGACUCAACUUGUCACGGUCUUACCAUUUCCAUACUCUAAAUGGGCAUUUGGGCAUAGGAGGACCGCUGAUUUAACGACUACUGCUCUCUGAUCAUCCGCGGUUUAUCGGAUUCAGCAGUGAGAUUUCGUGUUUCGUGUGUUUUUGUUCCGUCUCCAUCUCAACGCCUUCGAUUGGAGCACCCCCAACGCCGAUCAUUUUAAUGCCUACUCAUCUUAAUUUUGUCUGCGAGCGCAAUAAAAUAGGCUACAAAGCCAGGCUUUGAGCGACUACCCCGCAGAAGAAUCUGACCGAGUGUCAGCAAUACGGGCUACAGUAGCUGGCUGCCUGGAUUUACCAACUGCAGCCACAAGCGCCCGUGACCACAUUACCAGUUGAGCCAAGACUUGUAGGGGAAAAAUAACAGAUUCAAAUCCAUGACUGUUAUUUCUCAAAGAAGCCCCGAAGACUGGAAAUCUGACCCCUUUUAAUGGUGAAUAACAGCUUCGUGAUAUGGAGCUGUCGUGUUUCCCCCACAUGACCGUUACACGUACUGUCCUUAUAUGCGGUAUCGGUGUAGGGUCCGUAUUUUGAAGAUACCAGGCAGUCACAAUAGCCUACAACCUAUCAAACUUAAUCCAAGUGGACGCUGAUGGUGCAUGGCUGCCGUAUAAAAAACACAGUUGGUCGACUCUUUUGAUGUAGGUUAUUUUGAGAUUAGCAUAAGCAGCUUUGGAGACGUUUAUAUUUUUUUGCGUUACAUUGAAUGCAUUGAAAGGAGCCUGGAAUUGGCCUUAAGACUUUUCUAUCGCCAACUGAAUGAGGAUAUCGGAAUGAGGGGAGAGCCACACAAGCAAAACAAAUAAACAACGUGAAAAUAAUGAAAGGACAACAGCGAUUUGAACGUGGUAGCUCUUGUGGACUCAACACUUUCUUUUGAGGUGUUAAGAGUUUUUAUUGAGUUUUUAUUUCGUUGUGAUUUUGGUAGACAUUAUGAACUCAUUUUUUACUUCUUAAAUCCUUUCCAUAGUUCGUGUGACAUAGUUCUUCGUGUAACGGUUUUGUGGACUGGUCACUUUGCUGAAAGGAAAGAGGUCACCAUAACUGUUUUGGUUACACUGAAGCAGUGGCAAGAAGCUAAUCAGCAUCACCCGAGGCUGCCCCGCGACCAUUCGGGGUUUCAUGUGCCAGCCUCACUGAUGCUCGGAAUAGAACUAUCACGAGCCAUCAACAACUCAGAUGCGACCCGGUGCAUUUCAAAUAUCUGCAAAGGCCGUUGAUGGAGAGGAUUUCGAAUGACAGCCGGGACAGUGGUCAUCACAGGCGGUAUUUUAGCUACAGUUAUCUUACUAUGCAUCAUCGCAGUACUGUGUUACUGUAGGCUGCAGUAUUAUUGCUGUAAGAAGGAGGAGUCUGAGUCGGAGGAGGAGGAGCCCGACUUCGCUGUGACGUCCCGCCUCCCGCCUGUACACUCCAACCACAACAUCGUGGCGGCGUCGGCCGCCGCCUCCAACCCCAACGGCCCCGCCCUCUUCACACCGCCGUUGGCGCGUAAACUGACGCGUUCGCAGACAUUCUGCCCGUCGUGCACGCACCAUGAGCUGCCCUUCUACCUGCAGCACCCGGACGGACUGCGGAACGGCGGCGACCGCAUCAGCUACCGCAGUGUCCAGCAACACGACCUGGACCUGCCCGUAGAAAUGCCCAGCUACCACAAACUCAACCUGACCCGGUCGGUCACUAUGAAGGACAUGUUCAACCGCAGCUGCAGCAUCAGCACUGACGUUUAGUGGCAUUAGCGCCAUCCGGUGGCAUUGAGGACUCGUGGAAAUGGAUGGAUAGUACAAUGGGGACAGACAGUGGGACUGUGAUUCUCCCAUGAACCUUGGUCUUACACUCAGUUAUAACCACACAUUAACUGGUGAAAAUAUAUAUCUGCGAGUUUGUCCUCUCCUCAUUCUGCUUGGUCUGUGGUACAGUAGGAGGUUGACCCUGAAAUACCAUAGAGUUUCUCCACUGUCUGGACUCAUACUGUUGGAUUACCCUAAACCUAAACCACCUUCUGGUUGAAAUCCACCAAAUCAACUCUACUUUUAAAUAACAAAAAAACAGACUUUGCGUAGUUGCUGCUAAAGAAACCAAGAAACCAUGGUGAUAAGGAGGAGUGUUAUGGAGGCUACUCGCACUAGUGUGUCUCUCCGCCAAUCUCCAGCCUGAUCACCAGAAAGGGGCCAGAGCAGAUCACAUCCCAAGUUAUGGAUUAUUCAUCCAUCGCAUCAUGGUUUGGAAAUGGAGGAAGAGGGGGGGAACAACAUGUCAAAGACCGUAAAAAAGUUGGAGAUAAAAGGCUUGUGUUGGAAAGUAGGGGGUGGAGUCCUCUGCUCUGUUUUCUACAUGCAGUGUU